ACAGCGCUGCAUCAUGCCUGUAUUCAGGAACGCGAAGGUAUGGUCGACUUGCUCUUCCAAUAUGGAGCUCAGGCGGAUCCCCGGGAUAAUUCCGGGCGCACGCCGUUACAUCUUGCACUGGCUCGCCAUCAAUCCGAGAUGCUGAAUACGCUGCUUCAUCACGGGGCAAAUGUCAAUGCAGUGGACCCGGAGGGGAGGGCGCCGCUGCAUUAUGCUGCCAAAGCGGGGUGGACCAGACCAAUGCAUGCGCUGCUUCGGCCUGAGGUGGAUGUCGACGCAAAAGAUGCUGAUGGAAAUACGGCACUUCAUCUCGCCUGCCUCGGUGGUUUCAAGCAAGUGAUGUGGCUUUUGCUUGAACAUGGGGCUAGCGUACACGUCAAGGACUCCGAUGGGCUGACGGCUUUGCAACUAGCCUCUAGCACAGGGCAGUCGGCGAGUAUAGUGCGCCUAUUACAGCACUAUGAGGCGAAGGCUGAUGCCGAGAAUUCUUCCAAAGCGCGAUCGCGAAGUGAGCCGGGCCACGAUAGAUUGGAACCGACUGACGAAAUGGCGGUAGGCUCUGAAGUAGACUCUGCGCAGAAAAUGCUGGGGCAGAAUCACUGGGAUGGCGUACGUCGGGACAAUGGCGACGGCUAUAUCUUGGCCAAGUACGACGGUCAUGACAUCUACUGCGACGCCAAAAUGGAGUCAAUCCAUUCAUCAUCUCACGAGGGCCAGGAGAUGCAUGCGAUCCAGCUCAAACUCAACUUCAUGAAGCCCCAUUCCUUGAAACAUCGCAUUCGGUAUGCAGAAGUCGACGUGGCCCUCUAUGCAACUGACCUGAAAGCGUCGCCCAAUAUCCGCACAAUCAUGCCGCAGGCUGACCGGGUCGAAGUGUCGGAGCAGGAGAUCACCACAGGACAGAAGUUCACGGUUGGGGCGAACGGAAACGGCGGACCGUCCAGCGUCAACAUCAGCAUGGAAGGCUCCAAAGGAAGAAAGUCCACCUUCAAAGGGGUCCGGAUAAUCCACGGGGCAGUCAAAGACCGGAUGCACGCCUCCUGGCGGCUGUAUGAGGAGCCAGGGAGCAAGAGUGGACUACCAGAGAUAGUCCGCCUCCUUCUGGUGGUUCAAUGCGAAGCUGAGUUCGAGCUGCGUGCGUCAUUGUCCGCGAGGGCCAGCCAUUUCUUCUCGUUCGGCAUCCCACGCACGGUGACAGCCAGAAAGGGGCCCGCGUACCUGGUCCCCCCACUGGCGGAGAUCAUGUCGCUCGAGCAAGCGAUGAAACUAAAAUUGAUACUGGGCGUUGCGGACCGGGCGGCUGUCAUGGUCGAGGACGCGAAGAGACUGGAACAGAGAGUCACUCAGUCGAUCAAGGAGCAUACAAAGAGGGCUCUGAUCAUGGAAGCAGGGGCGAGCGAAAGCAACAUCCGCGACUGGGCGGAUAUCGCGGAUGCGUCCAGCUACGGGGACUUCGCCCUCCUGUGCGAGAAACUGCUCCGGACGAGGGAGAUCGAGAGCCCGGAGGUCAGACCACGGCCGAGGCGCUGGAGCCCUGCUCCUGUACCGAUAGUGGAAAGAUCGCGCUCGCGUUGGAGGCGUGAGAGUCUUGACUUCGAUGGAGAUGGCCGAGGAUACGCGCGACGAAUGCGCGCGAGGCUUGGGGUCGAUGAGGCUGAAGAGGCGAUUGCGCCUACACAGCGCUCGAGAAAUGUCCAUGGCUUCUCAGCGGUUGGUCCAGGAUAUAAGGUGUCGCGGCUGGCCUAG